CGUACACAAACCGUACACGCCUUCGACUGUUCAACCAAUCUAGUCACACAAAUACAGCAGAGUCUCUGACUCUCUCCACAGACGACAGCUUUCCCGACAUGCAGUGAAUGCAUACACGACCUGCGACACACAGCAACUCGAGACUUUGGAUCAAGACGCAAUGCGAGCUGGUCGCUCAGAGGAUACCGCGGAAGCUGAAAGCGACGGCUUACUUCCUUCUGGGCAUGAUGAGACGUUGCUUGACACUGCCGGACAGAAGGAAGCACCUCGCAGCCUGCUUCGCAAACUAGGGCUCUCGUUCUUCCUUUUCGGACUCAUAAACAACGUACUCUAUGUGAUCAUCCUAUCCGCCGCACUUGACCUCGUCCCUCCGUCCACGCCGAAGGGCAUCAUCGCCUUCUGCAAUAUCUUCCCCUCCCUCCUCGUGAAGCUCGGCUGGCCGUACCUCCUCCGCGGCCGCGUGCGGUACGCCAUGCGCCUCGUGGGCUGUGCAGCUGUCAGUGUCUUGGGUAUGUGGAUCAUUGCCGCGUUUGAUAGCCUAUUCAUGCGGCUGCUGGGCAUAUGCUGCGCGUCGUUCUCAUCAGGGCUGGGCGAGCUCACAUUCCUACAGCUCUCGACACGCUACCAUCCACCGUCUGUAGCAGGACACAGUGUAGGGUACUUCGCCUCUGGCACAGGCGCAGCUGGCCUCGUCGGCGCGUUCCUGUGGUGGGAGCUCCGCGGGCUAGGUGUUCGCACAGGCGUUGGGCUUAGCUCGGUCCUACCCCUCGUCAUCCCCCUAACAUACUUCCUACUCCUGCCCAAGCCGUCUGCGGUUUCGAGUGUCGAUCUACCAUCGACUACUCUCCCGGACUCGGUCGUCGCGGCUGAAUACACUGCACUAUCCUCCAGCGAAGAAGAUGCGUUGGGGCAGGUUCCGGUGCAGGACACGGCAGCGAUAGGCGCAAAGACCGGAGUUGGCGUGGCGCUGAGCAUGGAGGAUAAAUGGAGGCUUGUGAAGCCACUGGUAGGAAGGUACAUGAUGCCACUAUUCUGCGUGUACCUUUUCGAGUACACGAUCAACCAGGGCAUCGCGCCGACGCUCAUCUAUCCUGUCCCGACACCAGCAGAAUACCCGCUGAUGAGCAAGAUCAUACACUCUAUCCGGGACUAUUAUCCCCUCUGGCAGCUCGUCUACCAAGCCUCCGUUUUCCUGUCUCGCUCGACGCUCUCGCUCGGUCUCCCCCCACUCCCCGCUGCGCUGCUCUCCGUACCAGCCAUCGUCCAGGCCUUCGUGCUCCUCAUACUUGCACUCGAAUCUGCUGUAGGCCUGUUUGACGGAGGUCGUGACGGGGGCGCGCUCGCGUUCGGACUCGUCUUCGGGCUCAUCAGCAUAGAAGGGAUCUGCGGCGGGCUAGCGUACGUGAAUGUGUAUCAUCGCGUCAACCAAGAAGCCGACGCGCAGGGGGUCGCGCUCGACACCGAGGAGAGCAGGGAGCGGGCGCGGCAGGAGCGCGAGUUCAAGAUCGGUUCCAUUGGGAUCGCAGACGGCGCGGGGAUCCUGCUCGCCAGCAUUGUGUCGGUCCCGACGGAGAUGAAGUUGUGUCGUACGCAGGUCGGGAGGGGGAGGACAUUGUGUGAGGGGCUGUAACAGACGGCGGCUGCGAGGCGGCUGCUGAAAUGGUACUGGAUCGUGCUGUCUAUGGUGCUACAAUAUGGUGCUGGGUAUAUAUGGUAUUGUAUAGCUAGUACAUAAUCUACGAACGGAUACAUCAGUGUGUAUUUGCGUUGUCCCCCUUGGUAUUUGCUUGGUUUGCCACUUGAUCUCAUACCAAGACCCUCUACACGGUCUCAAGCCCCGAGGCCUCAAGCUCAAGGCCUCACAUGCACAAGUGAGCCGGCGUUGUUGUCGAACCUCUGUGAUUGCGAACUUGUUGCGAACC